AUCAGGAGCUGUCCCGCCCUCGAGCUUCUCCGGCCUUUCAUCUCCUCGCUUCGGGAGCUGUAGCUGCUAUGGUGGCGGUGCGCAGGCCUUGGCCCGUCAUGCUCGCAGUGCUGCUAGUCUUACUCGCCUGCCUGGGAGCGUUGGUGGAUGCCUACCCCACCAAACCAGAGGCUCCGGGCGAAGACGCCUCCCCGGAGGAACUGAGCCGCUACUAUGCCUCCCUUCGCCACUACCUCAACCUGGUCACCCGGCAGCGGUAUGGGAAAAGAGACGUCCCUGCUGCUCUGUUCUCCAAACUGCUCUUUACUGAUGACAACGAGAACCUCCCCUUCAGGUCUCGGUAG